AUGGGCCGCGCCCGGCCGGGCGAGCGCGGGCCGCCCAGCUCCGGCCCCGCCGCGCCGCCCGCGCCCCCCGCGCCCCCGCCGCGCCGCGCCCGCGCCCGCGCCCUGGCGCUGCUGGGAGCGCUCCUCGCCGCCGCCGCCGCGGCCGCCGCCGCCCGGGCCUUCGCCCGCUACGCCGAGGCCCAGGCGGCCGCGCGGCAGGAUUCAGCGCUGAAAGCCCUGGGGACAGAAGGUCUCUUCCUCUUUUCCUCCCUGGACACUGACCGGGACAUGUACAUCAGCCCCGAGGAGUUCAAGCCCAUCGCUGAGAAGCUGACAGGGUCAAGCCCUUCAGCCAGCUACGAGGAGGAGGAUCUGCCCCCCGACCCCAGCGAGGAGACGCUCACUAUAGAAGCCCGAUUCCAGCCUCUGCUCCCAGAGUCCAUGACCAAGAGCAAAGAUGGGUUCCUAGGGGUCUCCCGCCUGGCGCUGUCUGGUCUCCGCAACUGGACCACCGCAGCCCUGCCAAGCGCAGUGUUCGCCGCCCGCCACUUCCGGCCCUUCCUUCCCCCUCGGGGCCACGUGGAGCUGGGUGAGCCCUGGUGGAUCAUCCCCAGUGAGCUGAGCGUCUUCACCGGCUAUCUGUCCAACAACCGCUUCUACCCACCGCCGCCCAAGGGCAAGGAGGUCAUCGUCCACCGGCUCCUGAGCAUGUUCCACCCUCGGCCCUUCGUGAAGACCCGCUUUGCCCCUCAGGGGGCUGUCGCCUGCCUGACCGCCAUCAGCGACUUCUACUACACUGUGAUGUUCCGCAUCCAUGCGGAGUUCCAGCUCAGUGAGCCGCCCGACUUCCCCUUCUGGUUCUCACCCGGCCAGUUCACCGGCCACAUCAUCCUCUCCAAAGACGCCACCCACGUCCGCGACUUCCGGCUCUUCGUGCCCAACCACAGGUCUCUGAAUGUGGACAUGGAGUGGCUGUACGGGGCCAGCGAGAGCAGCAACAUGGAGGUGGACAUCGGCUACAUACCCCAGAUGGAGCUGGAGGCCAUGGGCCCCUCAGUGCCCUCCAUGAUCCUGGACGAGGACGGCAACAUGAUCGACAGCCGCCUGCCCUCGGGGGAGACCCUCCAGUUUGUGUUUGAGGAGAUCAAGUGGCAGCAGGAGCUAAGCUGGGAGGAGGCUGCCCGGCGCCUGGAGGUGGCCAUGUACCCCUUCAAGAAGGUCACCUACCUGCCGUUCACUGAGGCCUUUGACCAAGCCAAGGCCAAGAACAAGCUGGUGCACUCCAUCCUGCUGUGGGGGGCCCUGGACGACCAGUCCUGCUGAGGUUCAGGGCGGACUCUCCGGGAGACUGUCCUGGAAAGUUCGCCCAUCCUCACCCUGCUCAACGAGAGCUUCAUCAGCACCUGGUCCCUGGUGAAGGAGCUGGAGGACCUGCAGAACAAUCAGGAGAACCCAUCCCACAAGAAGCUGGCCAGCCUGCACCUGGAGAAGUACAGCUUCCCCGUGGAGAUGAUGAUCUGUCUGCCCAACGGCACCGUGGUCCACCACAUCAACGCCAACUACUUCUUGGACAUCACCUCCCUGAAGCCCGAGGACAUCGAGAACAACGUCUUCAGCUUCUCAUCCACCUUUGAAGACCCGUCCACCGCCACCUACAUGCAGUUCCUGAAGGAGGGCCUCCGGCUUGGCCUGCCCCUCCUCCAGCCCUAGGGUGCCUGCCGGGUGGUGAGAAGCCAGCUGCACGGGGAGCUGGGCAGGCCCCUCGGCCCCAGCGCCAGAGCAGCCCUCGCACAUUUCCCACGUCCAGCCUUCCCACGCCACCUCAGGGGCAGCCAUCUGAGCUUUGCCUCAGGGACGGGGGAACAGGGAUCCUUGGCUGACCCGGUGGAUGCACCUUGAGCUCCAGCUGCUACCGUCAGCUGUCACUACCGUCCUGGCUCUGGAAGCUGCUUGGGACCCAAGAACAGGGCCUGGGGUCCUCUCCCUGGACCUCACCCGCUCAGGCACAUAGGCCUGGCCCAUGUAGGGUGAACCGUAGGAAAGCGUGGGUGCUAGAAAGACAGGGCCACCCCUCUCUCCUUACCUUCACCCCCUCCCAACAGAAACAUCAAGAAGCCCUGGCCUGGGGCUGGGGGGAGGCUGCCGGGGAGGCACUCCUGUCGGUCCGGAGCUUUCUUCCUGGCCAUAGCCCUGGCUGCCCUCCUGUGCCUGGUGUCCCCAGUGAGGUCAGUCUCAGCUGCAGACAGCCUCCUGGAAGCUCUGGGCAGAGCCCUCCUUCAGAAGGGGACAUCGUACGGUAGCCCUGCUGCUCCCCAGACCGCUCAAUCCCCCCUGAUGACAGGACCCCACAGCCUGUUUCAAGACUUACUGGAGGCCAGCUCUCUGGGGAGGCUCACGGUGAAGUAAGCUUCUGCCCUUGGCAGGGCGUCUGCUGAGGCCCAGGACCACGGCACCCCUCCCCCCUCCCCCAGCACAGGUCACGGCAGGACGGCUGGAGCCAGCGUCCCCGUAACACCUGCCCCUCAGACCUCAGCUCCGCAGAAGUGCAGCCCAGCCAACGAACACAGCCUCCCCCCCAGCUGGCGCUGUCCCCGCCAUCAGGCAGCCCGGACCAGCCUGUCCACCCCUGGGUGGCCACUGACUCUCCCUGGUCACUCUUAGGGCCUUGGUCCACGUCCUGAGCCCCUGACCACAGCCGUUGUCUUUUUUAUACAUGCAAGAAAAGUGUUUUUACGUGACCUUUCUCACAGUUUAGAUGUAUUUUUGAUAGCCCUGGCACUGAGGAGAAAGAAGGGGCGCUGGUGUCCCCCAGCAGCUGCCCCAUGGUGGCUGGAUCUGAAAGCCUAGGUGGAUCCAGCUUGAUGUCUUUGCAGUUGCUCCUGUGGGAAGAAACAUCCCUCUCUUCCUUCUCCUCUUCCAACGUUUAAAAAAUAGUCCUCAGAGGGUCAGUGUACCCCCAACUCUACCCUGGUCCUCCACUCAGGCCCAUGAGGGGCCCUCGGGCUCUCAUAAAGCCCCCCGACGUCCCCUGCCCACCCCUGCCCUCACUUACGCCCCCUUCUCCCCCGACUGGGGGGCUCUCUCCUGAACGUGGAAGAGCAAGGAAGGCAAACGUUUCCUCAGAGGCACUCCCAGGCUUCCCACCCGCUGCUGGAAUUUCCACACGGAGUCUUCCUCGCAGACUGUCUUGUUCUCAGUGUCGUAUCAAGUGUCAUAAUAUUAGCUAGUUACCAACAGCUUUCUCUCUCUAAGGCACUUUGUUAAGAUUCUGUGUAUUUCCUCGUUUAAUCCUCACAGCAAAGGUGAGGUGGAUAUGAAUCAUUCCCGUUUUGCAGGUGAAGGAAUUGGGUCUCAGGAAAGUGAAGUGACUUGCCCGAGGUCACUCAGUGGUAGCGUUGAGAUUCAGCCUGUGUCUUGAUGUUGGAGUGUCUUGUCUUGCAUUGCGCUCCCCCAAACCCCCACCCCUCUCCGCUGCCUGUUUUCCCUGAAGUGAAAAAGCCUCUCAAACCAAAGUGUCUCAUUCCCCUCUGUUCUCCAGAGCAGAUGCGCUUGCUCCAGCAAGCUCAGCCAGGUUCUUUGUGUCCCUUCUGGGAGGCAGUGCUUCCAUGCCGCUUAUAGGGAAGGGAGGGCACUAAGCCUGUCUCAGUGCUUCCAAGCAUGGGUGGCAUUAGCCUGUCCCACAAGCCACCCAGUGUCAGCAGAGGCUCAGCCCUCCCAGCCAGCAGGCUCUUCCCCUCAUGCUAGUCUGGGAGGGCCGGCACCAUUAUGAGUGACCCUUGUCCCAGGAAAGGGGACGCUUGUGCUUUCUGCAUCCUCAUCUGACACCUCUGCCUGACCCCCCACUGUGCCUUGAGGCUCAUGGUGGGGGAGGGCCCCAGCUGCCCUCUUGUCAGCCCUCUGCCACUUCCCUCCCCAGUCCCCAAUGUGUCCUAUAAUAAAAUUGGAGAGAUUAGGGUUGUUCUAAGUGCCUUUCCUCUGAGCCAAUGGUGGUUCAUUUCUGUCCUCAGUCUCACUCCUCUGCUGGGAUUGGCUUGGCGGGUGGGCAAGGGAGAAUGGCUGGAAUGGCAUUGAGGACUAUCUUAUUUGUCACCAGAAGGCUCAAGUGACUUGCUUAAAAUAAAUUUGCGAUAGACCUAGAGGUAGAACUUACUAUGUUUAGAAUCUAGUGCUCUGUGUUGAGAAAUAUUCUGAAGUUAAACCCAUCAUCUUAGAAGCAGAGCCUGAGACAGGCAUUAGGUGAUUUUUUUGAGGAUGUGAACUUCAGGAAAAACCUGUAAAAGAAGGAUAGAAGCAGAAGGGGGAAUGGAAUAC